ACAUUACCCGCCGUCCUUCGUCAAUCGUCGUCUCCCCCAUUUCACACCUUCCCACUCCACACUCUCUUGCUCUCUCUACCUCUCUCUCUCUCUCUCCCCUUCUUGUGGAGUUCUUCCAUUGCCAUCGAAGUAGCUCCAAGCUCUUCUGCAGCUCCUCCCAUUAUGGGACGACGAGAUGAGGAUGAGGAAGGAGGCGAGGAGGAGUACCUGUUCAAGAUUGUGAUGAUCGGGGACUCGGCCGUGGGGAAGUCGAACCUGCUCUCCCGGUUCGCUCGGGACGAGUUCGACCUCAACGCCAAGGCCACCAUCGGCGUCGAGUUCCAGACCCAGGUCGUCGACAUUGACGGCAAGGAGGUCAAGGCCCAGAUCUGGGACACCGCCGGCCAGGAGCGGUUCCGCGCCGUCACUUCCGCCUACUACCGCGGUGCCGUCGGCGCCCUCAUCGUCUACGACAUCUCCCGCCGCUCCACCUUCGACAGUGUCCGCCGCUGGCUCCACGAGCUCGACACUCACUGCGAUACUACCGUCGCGAGAAUGCUGGUCGGGAACAAGUGCGACCUUGACAACAUCCGAGAGGUGAGCAAGGAGGAGGGGAAGGCCCUGGCGGAAGAGGAAGGGUUGUUCUUCAUGGAGACUUCAGCGCUGGAUUCCACGAACGUCCAGAUCUCGUUCGAGAUCGUGAUACGGGAGAUCUUCAAGAAUGUAAGCAGGAAGGUCCUCAACUCCGACUCCUACAAGGCGGAGCUGUCCGUGAAUCGGGUCACCCUCGUCAAGGACGGGGCCAACUCGAAGAGAAGCCUCUACUCUUGCUGUGCGAGCUGAUGCUGGGGUCCGAUAUAUUAGUUUUGAUUUGGCUUCGUUGUUUGUUAUCAAUGAGGAAAUUUUAUAAACUAAACCUGUCCAGAGUCAUUUAAACGGGAUCCGAUGAACCAAUACCGGAACUUCAGUUUCGGUUUCAACA